UUGUCAAUAGAUCUCAAUAGACAGAACGCUUGGAAAGAAAGAAUGACGCGAAUAGGCACUUCACUAUAAAUGCGCAAUAGUAAUAGUUUAACUAAUUGCAUAAUAAUGAAGCUUCUUUGAGUUCCGCAUUGAGUUGCAAAAAGCAUCAUGCAAAACCUUGUUUUCUCAUGUUAAAAUCAACAGUUCAUUCGUUUAUAUUUCUUAAGCGUUUAGUGACUCUGAUCACUGCCAUAAGCUUCCGGUUACCUGUCAAUUUUUUUUUCUAAAUUGGCAAAUAAUAAAUAAAUUAUGGAAGAAACUAUCAUCAUAGUUUCAUUGAUGAUCAUUAAAUAGAUAACAAUUCCGAUUUUACAGACAUGAGUGCCAAAUCAAAAACAAGCUUGUUCGGUUAUAAAAGCUAUCAAUACACUCGACUGGGUGAUAGUUUAGGGCAAGUGCAAAAUGUCAAAGCUGGAAGUGUGUAUGUGUUUGGAACUGAUGACAUCGCUGAGGAUGAAUCAGACGAUAUUGUUGAGUUUGCCAUGGAGCCCAUUAAUAGACGGAAAGGAGGAAGACAAGUGGAUCGGGGCGACCAUGUUGGUCCACUUUUUGUUGAACGUAAAUUGGGCGAAGAAGAAUCUCUGCAGUCACUCUCAUUACAAUAUGGAUGCCCUAUAGCAGAGUUGAAAAGAAUAAACAACUUAAUCAGAGACCAAGAUUUCCAUGCUCUUACAACUAUAAAAAUACCUGUGAAAAAACAUUCUUUUCUAAUUGAUAAAAUAAAAGAGGAUAGUGAAAAUAUUACAGACCCUUUGAAAACAACUGCUAGUCUCUCAAAUGGUGCUUUGUGCUCAGACAGUGGAGAUGAGAGCAGUGUUCAAUACGAGUCUGAGACACAGACAGAUCUCAGUGAUCCUGAUACUCAGAAAGAAGUCAUACGAAAAAUAAGCAUUAAAAACCAACAAAAGGGAUCAAGUCGCGAGGCUCAAAACUUUUUACAAAAAAUGGAUAGUGACAUAGCACAGAUAGUGAGGUCUGCACGGACAGAGAGAAACUCUUUAGAUGAAGUAAUCUCAGUGUUGACUAAUAAAUCUGUACAUCCGUUAAUGGCACGAGAAAAGCCCAAGUCUUUUAUAGAUUACAGUUUCUUUCAAAGACGUUGGAAACUGAUUGUGUGCUUAUGUGUGGUUCUGCUAGUGAUUGUGCCCAUAACAAUAUCAUUGUUAAAGUUUUAUCAUGCUUGGUAACACUUGCCAAAUUGCUCUAUGAUAUUUAUGAUAAUGCCACAAAGUUAAGGGGAGACUGUAAACAAGAUUGAGCUUGUCAGUCUGCUGGUUUUAGGGUAAAAUACAAGAACAGCUUGACAUAUUGGAAAAAAACUUGUCAUUUGAAAUAUCAUAACAUACAUGUACAUGUAGAUUUUGAUUUAGGUUAACAAACACGUAAUAUUAACAAAGUAUUCACUUUAUUUUAACUUUCACUAAAGACAUGUUUUCAUUUGACAUAUCAAGGAAUGAUUGAAUUAAUGAAAUAAUAAUACGCUCACAUGUGGAACAUAAUUUAAUAGAGACCAGUUUGGCUCUGGUUACACACCACUUAAGUUUUACAAAGUUAUUACCCUUUUAAUUUUUUUUCAAAAACACGAUUUUCUGACAAGCGCUCAUGAAUAGAUUCUCAAAUUUAAAUGAUUUCAUUUCAAGAGAAAUUUCAUGUGUAAAAGUAUACAAAGCAGUUCAAAUUCAUGUUUGGUUAUAAAUACUUUGAUUACAAACCAAAACAUAAAAACAAAUGUUUUGAUUACGGUACCCUGUUCCUUCAGUAUUAUUCAAGUGGUGCCUAUGAUCAAUUUGCGGCUAAAUUUGUCUGUAACAUAAAAAAAGUAGUGAUAUUAAACCCUUAUGUAUUGAAAAUAGAUUUUUAUUAAACUUCUGUAUUAUUUAAUUCAUUUGAACUUACAUAUAUGAAUGCAGUCAAAUAAAAAAUUUCCAUAUUUGUGUAAGCAAUAAACAUUCAUACUGUUAUGUUAUUUACAGAACAAUUUAUUUGAAGAUUAAUUUUUAUGUCCCCCACUAUAGUAGUGGGGGACAUAUUGUUUUUGCCCUGUCUGUUGGUUGGUCUGUUGGUUGGUUGGUCUGUUGGUUGGUUUGCGCCAACUUUAACAUUUGCAAUAACUUUUGCAAUAUUGAAGAUAGCAACUUGAUAUUUGGCAUGCAUAUAUAUCUCAUGGAGCUGCACAUUUUGAGUGGUGAAAGGUCAAGGUCAUCCUUCAAGGUCAAAGGUCAAAUAUAUGGGUCAAAAUCGCUCAUUUAAUGUAAAUUUUUGCAGUAUUUCAAUAUUCAAGAUAGCAACUUGAUAUUUGGCAUGCAUGUGUAUCUCAUGGAGCUGCACAUUUUGAGUGGUGAAAGGUCAAGGUCAUCCUUCAAGGUCAGAGGUCAAAAUUAUGUGGACAAAAUCGCUCAUUUUAUGAGUACUUUUGUAAUAUUGAAGAUAACAACUUGAUAUUUGACAUGCAUGUGUAUCUGAUGGAGCUGCACAUUUUGAGUGGUGAAAGGUCAAGGCCAAGGUCAUCCUUCAAGGUCAGAGGUCAAAUAUAUGUGGCCCAAAUCGCUUAUUUUAUGAAUACUUUUGCAAUAUUGAAGAUAGCAACUUGAUAUUUUGCAUGCAUGUGUAUCUCAUGGAGCUGCACAUUUUGAGUGGUGAAAGGUCAAGGUCAAGGUCAUCCUUCAAGGUCAAAUAUAUGGGUCAAAAUUGCUAAUGUAAUGUCACUUCUGCAAUAUUGAAGCUAGCAAUUUUAUAUUUGAAAUGCAUGUGUAUCUCAUGGAGCUGCACAUUUUGAGUGGUGAAGGGUCAAGGUCAAGGUCAUCCUUCAAGGUCAAACAUCUUAUAGGGGGACAUUGUGUUUCACAAACACAUCUUGUUCUUUUUAAAUUAAGAUUUUUUGUACUUGUAAAGAUGUGCCAAAAGGCCAGUUUAAUGGUCCCCUACCGGUCCUGCGAUGACUUUAAAAGUUCUUUAUAUUUUUUCAUGAAACUUGAAACAUGGAUAGAUGGCAAUAUGGACAUUAUGCACGUCAGUUCAUUUUGUUCCUACAUCAAAAUUUCUGGUUGCUAUGGCAACAAAUAGACUAGAAAAACUGCUGAAAAUGGUGGUUUUCUGGAUCCUGCGAUAACUUUAAAAGUUCUUAAUAUUUUUUCAUGUAACUUGCAACAUGGAUAGAUGGCAAUAUGGACAUUAUGCACAUCAUUUCAUUUUGUUCCUAUGUCAAAAAUUGUUGUUGCUAUGGCAACAAAAAAAAAAUAAAUUCUGAAAAUGGUGGAAUUUCUGACAAUAGCGGAGCCGGUAGGGGACCAUAUUGCUUGACAAUAGCCUUGUUCUUACUGUGUAAGAUUUGUAUAAACAUAUCGCAUAAUGGCAAUUCUUAAAAUGUGUUUGUCAGAUUAUAUUAUUAAUGUUUUUUGUUUUUUUUGUCGCAACCAAUUUAUACAAGCAAAGGUUGUAGCUGUCUUUAAUUUAUUAAGCCUUGGGGUACAAAAAAAAGGGAGAUUUUUUGGAAUCCAUAUGGACUUCUGUCCAUUGGUCUGUGCAUCUGGUCCGCCACAAAAUUUGAUUUAAUUAUUUCCCUUGAGUAAACAUUGGCCAGGGUAAAAAUCACGAAAUGCCAUAAUUUCAUCACAAGAUUAAUAUAUAGACUUAAAUAGAACAAAAGCUCAAACAAUAUUUUCAUUUGAAACUCCUAGCCCCAUUGGUUUAAUAUUUUGUAUAUACAUUGUUUAGUGGUACUGUACAAAGUGUUGUUAAGCACAGCCAAUAAUGUGGUGCUUGGGCAUUGGUUUGUUUUUGCAUUUUACAGUAAUGAAGCAUAGUUUAUUUACAAAAUGCAAAUGACUUAUUCAAAUUUCUGUUGUUGGUUUAUCAUUGUUUAAACAACAUUUUAACUUCUGAAAAGAAGUAAAUAAAUCACAAGUUAAUAAUCUGAAUGGCUUAACAAUAUGCAAAUAAGUUCCUUCUAGUUGUCUUAGAAAAUCUAGGUACAUAUAUGUCAGCUAUGUUAAUAACUUUGGAAGAGAGCAUUUAACAGUUUUUGUUUAUUGGGCAGGUCCUAAUAAUAAAUAAUGCUAUGGUUAGUCACAUUGUGUGUUCAUGUAUGUAAUUUCAUUUAAGUACAACAUGUAAUCCUUUAGCUUCAAAUAAGUAUUUAUUUGGAUUUUAUCAAACAAGAGUAUUUUUAAGGAUCUGUAAUUAAUACAUUUGAUAAAGUUUUUAAUAUUGUUUGUGUAUAUAUGGUAAAUUAUUAUUAAAUGUAUUUUUAUAUGCACAUUUAUAUCAUAAUACCCCCAUUACCAUUGGUAAUGGGCUAUAUAGGAGUCACUUUGUCUGUCUGUCGGUCUGUCCCAAAAAUUUCAUCCGAUCUUCGCCAAACUUGGUCAGAAGUUGUAUCUAGAUGAUGUCUAGGUCAAGUUUGAAUAUGGGUCAUGCUGGGAAAAAAAUAGGUGACGGGGUCACUUAGUGCGUUUUAAACCGAAAGUUUGCCCAGACCAUGACUAUGUCAUUUAACGUUAGAUUUUAAAAGGACUUGGUACAUUUGUUCACAAUCAUGGGACGGUGUGUCGCGCGAAAGAAUUAGUCGAUAUCUCCAAGGUCAAGGUCACACUUGGAGUUCAAAGGCCAUAUGCUUGUCCGGGCCAUAACUAUGUCGUUCAUUGUGAGAUUUUAAAAUUAUUCUGCACCAUCAUUAGACGAUGUGUCCAGCGAAAGAAUUACAUCGAUAUCACCAAUGUCAAGGUCACACUUUGAGUGCAAAGGGUAAAAAAUGGCCAUAAAUGUGCAUGGCCAGGCCAUAAUUAUGUCGUUCAUUGUGAGAUUUUAAAAUCAUUUGGCACAUUUGUUCACCAUCAUUGGACGGUGUGUCAUGCGAAAGAAUUACGUCGAUAUCUCCAAGGUCAAGGUCACACUUUGAGUUCAAAGGUAAAAAAUGGCCAUAAAUGAGCUUCUCCGUGCCAUAACUAUUUCGUUCAUGGUGAAAUUUUAAAAUCAUGUGGCAUAUUUGUUCACCAUCAUUGGUCGGUUAGUCAUGUGAAAAAAUUACGUCUAUAUAUGCAACGUCAAGGUCACACUGUGAGUUCAAAGGUAAAAAAUGGCCAUUUAUGAUCUUGUCCGGGCCAUAACUAUGUCAUCCAUUGCGAGAUUUUAAAAUUACUUAGUAUAUUGUUCGCAAUCAUUGGACAGUGUGUCAUGCAAAAGAAUAACAUUGAAAUCUCCAAGGUCAAGGUCACACUUUGAGUUCAAAGGUCAAAAAUGGCCAUAAAGUAUCUUGCCUGCGCCAUUUUUAUGUCAUUCAUUGUGAGAUUUUAAAAUUACUCAUUCAAGUAGUUUUUAUCUGGUCUUCACCAAACUUGGUUAGAAGUUUCAUCUAGAUGAUCUUAAGGCCAAGUUCGAACAUGGGCCAUGCCAGAUCAAAAACUAGGUCACGUUGUCACUAAGUACGUUUUACACAUUCAGCAUGGUGUCCACUCUCUAAUCCAAGUAGUUUUCAUCCGAUCUUCACCACACUUGGUCAGAAGUUGUAUCUAGCUGAUGUGUAGGUCAAGUUCGAACAUGGGCCAUGAUAGGUCAAAAACUAGGUAACAGGGUCACUUAGUGCAUUUUAAACAUUGAGCAUGGUGUCCGCUGUUUUUUGUGAAGACAACAUGCAACAUAUUCUGUGUUGAUGCGGCAUGUGGGGGUAUUUCUCACAUCUGUGACAAAGCUAUAGUUUUAUAUAAAGUUUACUCAGGUUGACCAAAGUUGACUUGACCUGUUGCAUAAAAGUAUUUCAGUUUAAGUGCCCAGAAGCUUUUUUUUCCAUAGAUAAAUUGUAUUGCCUAUUUGGUUGCAGGCUUGUAUUGUGAAUUUUAUUACGUGCAUGUAAACACGCUUUCUAGGAAUAAUUAUCAGUUGUUUAUUACAAAUCCCCUGAAAUAUAAUUAUGUCAUUACAUACACUAAUGCCAAUCAUAUUGCAGUCAAAAAUCCUUCCUGUUUCCUUGACAACCUGGUCAUGUCCCCCAUCAACAUGUUAAAAAGGUGUCAAAGUUCAAUUAAAAACAUUUGUAAAAUUUAUGUCAAGUGACACAAGGUCAGUGUGUGUGGAUGAUUAAAUUGAAUAUUUAUUUUGUAAUAUAUUACAGGUUAAAUGGCUCUUAUAUGCAAACACAAAAUUAAAUGUAUUAUAAAAUCUGUGUAAAAUUUACAGGCCAUAUUGUUAUCUGUACCAGUCUUGUAUGACUUAACACUUAAAAUUUUAACAUACAACAUUUUAACUUACAUACUUGCAGGCAUUGCUCCUUAUGAAAUGACAUAUGAAAGUAAAAUAAAUAUGAGGAGUAUUUCUUAUUCAAAAAAAUUGCACGAGGUAUGUCCGUUUUUCAACUAAGACCUUGAUUUUUAGUCCAUUAUUGGUGCAACCGGAGUAGACUAAAGGUGUACCCACAGUAUGUUUUGGUGUCUUUCCAUUUUAUUCCGAUUCUGUGAUAACUGAACAAGUAAUAAAGUUAACGAAGAACGAAAA